AUGGAAACCAAUAAAAUUGAGCAGAUCCAAUCUCAAAUAAAUGAGAUAUUGACACUUAUCAAUUCAUCACUUCCUCCUAUCCAAGAAAAAACAGAAAAUUUUAGAAAAAUAAUUGAUCAAGCAGCAAACAACGCUUCAGGUAUUAAUAGUGAUAUUAAACGAAUAGAGAGAACACAAGACAGAAUUAAUUUAGUUCUCCAAAUGUUAGUUGUUGCUAAAGAACAACGUAAUGUUGUUAAUAAAUGUAAGGAAUCAUUUAAAACAAAAGACUAUGAUGGAACAGUCAGGCAUUUUGUUCAAUUAAAAAGUUAUGGGAACAAAUGUAGUCGUAUUAUGAAAGAAGAAAUUAAUUUGUUACAAAAAAGUAUUGAAGAAGAGUUUAUGAAUAAUUUUAAAAAUGCAACAGAAAAAGGAGAUAUGAAACAAAUUCUUCGUUAUACUGAUUUAAUGAUAAGAAUAGGAUCUUCAGAAUUUGCAACCAAACAAUAUAUUACAUAUUAUACAACAUUAAUUCUAAAUGAAUCAACUACAAUUAAAGAAAAAUUACUUAAACUUGAUAUUAAUACAAUAAAAGCUGAAGCUAUUUUUACUAAAACUAUUCAAGGAUUUGUAGAUUUUUCAUUAAAAGUUGUUUCUAGACAAAACAGUAUUAAAGCUAUUGAUGUGUUUCAACCAGAUAAAUAUUAUUUCAUUAUUCAACAAUUAUAUGAUCAAAUUAAUAUUUGUGUACUUACACUAGUUAUUACUUUUACUUCUAUUAGAAGAAUUUCAUCACUUCAAACUCAAAAGGGAACGAAAGACUACCCAGAACAGGAUGUAUUAAUUGUUCUUGAUGAAACAUCAUCAAUUAGUAAUGUUAUUUCAUUUUAUAAAGAUUAUUUUAAUGAUUUCUUAGGUAAAAUUAAUGCAAGUGAUGAAGUCAAAAAUAAACCAAUAGAAAGUAUAAAAAAACUUGAUGAUGAAUUAGAUAAAUUGUUGAACAGUUUUGUUUUACUAGAAGAGUCUUAUGUUUCUGUUACUUUAACACAUUCUAUUAAAGAACGUAUUAAAAUUGCUGAAUUUGGAGAAGCUCUUGAUUUAUUCUUUUAUGUUCUUCAACAAAGUGCUGAACGAGUUGUUUUAACUAAAUCAUUUCAAACCAUAUGUGCCAUUAUUAAUCUUCAUGUUAAUAUGAUUAAAAGUUAUCUUCUUCCAAUGACAAAAAAUGUGGUUAGAGAUAACACUAGUUUUACUAAUAUUCUUUCUAAAGAAGCUCUUACUUGUAUUGAUUCUUGUGAAGCAAAUAUCAUUAAACUACACUCAACACUCUCUUUAAAAAUAAACACACUAUGGAGAAACAAUCUUAAGUAUCUUGAAAUGGUUAAUACAAAUUUAGACGAUCUUUUGGCAACAAGAGAAUUAUUUACCAAUCUUUCAAAAUAA